AUGGCAGGAACUGACUCUACGCUACAUGCUACGCUACAGGCUACUCUACUCUACGCUACAUGCUACGCUACAGGCUACUCUACUCUACGCUACAUGCUACGCUACAGGCUACAGGCUACAUGCUACUCUACGCUACAGGCUACGCUACAUACUCUACGCUACAUGCGCUACGCUGCAUCUUCUGGGGAGGGACAACGACAGACUGGAAAGCUCAAGAGAACGAGCGGACUUGGAGAUGGAAGAAAAAAAGUGAUGGGGAGAGAGGAAACUCGAGUGGAUUAA